GGACGUGGGGAACAGAAGACCACCAGGUACAGCAUUUGUGGAGAAUGAGGGCAGCACAAAAAUGUUUUUCCUGACAAAGGGAAACUGAGUCAUGGGGCUGGACAAAGACCCCCUCCCUGGGCCCCAGGGCCCCAGCUCCCAGUCCCCAGCACUGUGGGACUCCAGCUUUGACAGAGGGAGGGGAUGCUGCUAAUCUGGGGCUGUGUGAGGACGCAGAAAGGAGGAGAGGGUGGGAAAGAAGGAAGGGGAUCCUGCAGUUGGGGGGCAGGGGACAAGCAUUUGGCUACAGGAGAAGGUGACCCUCACCCAGUGUGUUCAACUCACCCUUCAGGUUAAAAAUAACCGAGGUAAGGGCCCUGGAGGGGCGGGGAGGUGGUGAGAGAAGGUCCUGUCUUUCCACUAUCUGCCCAUCAGCCUUUGGAGGGGAGGAAUGUGCCCAAGGACUAAAAAAAGGCCCUGGAGCCCAGGGGCUGGGGCGACGGGCCUUUCAUGGGCAAAUCUGGGGGCACUGCUGUCCUUCUGUCACCUCCAGAGCCAAGGGAUCAAGGGAGGAGGAGCCAGUAGGCGAGAGAGGUGGGAGGCAGGGUCCCUCCGGAAGGAUUCCAAAUUUAGGCAGGAGGUGGAGGAAGCGGUAUAUAAAGGCUCUGGGAGCUUUGAGGGCAGACAGAGACUCCUCUGACCCAGGUAAGAGGGGGUCAGGGUGGGACGUUCUGUGGUCACCGCCAGAGCCACCACCUUGAGGGACCCUGCCUUCUUCUGGAGAGCGGUGCGUGGCAGUCAGGGGACUUUCCCACUGACAGAGGAGAGGUUCCAGGGAUCAAACAGAAAUCGCUUGUCCUCUUGGACUCUGCAUUUCUUUCCUGCAUCCUGUCGCUUCCAGCUUUCUGUGUCUUUCACACACUGUCUCCACCUUUCUCCCUCCUUCAGAAAACCUGCUAGAGAUUUUGUCCCGGUUUUACUUUGCCUCUCUGUCUUCGUCCGUACUUGUCAUUAUCAUGCUUCUCUGCCUGUCUCUACCCCUUGCCCUUCCUUCUUGGCUGUGUAUUCUAAUUUCCUUGCUGCUCCGGGUUUCCACCUCUUUCUCGUCGCCCUGUUGUUCACACUUGUACUAACCUGCAUCCUCUCUUUUGCACGUCGCUGCCUCUUCCCUCUCUAACUCCGUAUUCUGGUCUGUCCUGCUCCUGUCUGUGCGUUUGUAUCUGCAAGUCAAGCCUCCUGGCUCACUGUCCUUCUCCCAGUCUCCUGCCUGCCUGUAUCCAUUCUCCUUGUCUGUCCUUUCUGCCAGGCUGUUUCUCUGUGGUUCCUCCUGCUCCACCCGUGGUCCAGAUUCUUCAGGACUCUCUGUGAAGAGAGAAACAGGUGAGAACCACCCAGAUUUUCCCUCCCAGCCAGCACAGCAUGCCUCUCCUAGGAGCCAGGUUACUGGAUGAAGGGCUCGCUGUCUCACUGUCUCUCAUCUGAGCAGCUCGCUGAGGUCUUAGCAAACCCCAGGAAAUUCCACCCCCACACAAACCCUUGUUAGGGAGGGCCCAGGUGCUUCUAGCGGAUGAGGGGGAAAAACAACACAGCCUAAGAGGCAGAGGAGGUGAACAGGGAGUAGGGGUUUGAAGGACAAUGCCACCCACUGAAUCCUGGGCCCACCUCAGGAGUGACAGAGCCCUCCUGUCUCGUCCCCAGUGCAGCAAGAAGAUGGCGGAUGCCCAGAUGGCCGAUUUUGGGGAGGCAGCCCAGUACCUCCGCAAGUCAGAGAAGGAGCGUCUGGAGGCCCAGACCCGGCCCUUCGACAUCCGCACUGAGUGCUUUGUGCCAGACGACAAGGAGGAGUUUGUCAAGGCCAAGAUCUUGUCCCGGGAGGGUGGCAAGAUCACUGCUGAAACCGAGAAUGGCAAGACAGUGACAGUGAAGGAGGACCAGGUGUUGCAGCAGAACCCGCCCAAGUUCGACAAGAUAGAGGACAUGGCCAUGCUGACCUUCCUGCAUGAGCCUGCCGUGCUCUUCAACCUCAAGGAGCGCUAUGCAGCCUGGAUGAUCUAUACCUACUCAGGGCUUUUCUGUGUCACCGUCAACCCCUAUAAGUGGCUGCCAGUGUACAAUGCUGAGGUGGUGGCUGCCUACCGGGGCAAGAAGAGGAGUGAGGCACCACCCCACAUCUUCUCCAUCUCUGACAACGCCUAUCAGUACAUGCUGACGGAUCGGGAAAACCAGUCCAUCCUCAUUACCGGAGAAUCCGGGGCUGGGAAGACUGUGAACACAAAACGUGUCAUCCAGUACUUUGCCAGCAUCGCAGCCAUAGGAGACCGUGGCAAGAAGGACAACGCUAAUGCAAACAAGGGCACCCUGGAGGACCAGAUCAUCCAAGCCAACCCGGCCCUGGAGGCCUUCGGCAACGCUAAGACUGUCCGGAAUGACAACUCCUCCCGAUUUGGAAAAUUCAUCAGGAUUCACUUUGGAGCCACUGGAAAGUUGGCUUCUGCGGACAUAGAAACCUAUCUCUUGGAGAAAUCCCGAGUGAUCUUCCAGCUGAAGGCGGAGAGGAACUACCACAUCUUCUACCAGAUCCUGUCCAACAAGAAACCAGAGCUACUGGACAUGCUGCUGGUCACCAACAACCCCUACGACUACGCCUUCGUGUCUCAGGGAGAGGUGUCCGUGGCCUCCAUCGACGACUCUGAGGAGCUCAUUGCCACUGAUAACGCCUUUGAUGUGCUAGGCUUCACUCCUGAGGAGAAGGCUGGUGUCUACAAGCUGACAGGCGCCAUCAUGCACUAUGGAAACAUGAAGUUCAAGCAGAAGCAACGAGAGGAGCAGGCUGAGCCAGAUGGCACCGAAGAUGCUGACAAGUCCGCCUACCUCAUGGGGCUGAACUCAGCUGACCUGCUCAAAGGGCUUUGCCACCCUCGGGUGAAAGUGGGCAACGAGUACGUCACUAAGGGGCAGAACGUGCAGCAGGUGUACUACUCAAUCGGGGCACUGGCCAAGGCAGUGUACGAGAAGAUGUUCAACUGGAUGGUGACAAGGAUCAACUCUACCCUGGAGACCAGGCAGCCGCGCCAGUACUUCAUAGGAGUCCUCGACAUUGCUGGCUUUGAGAUCUUCGAUUUCAACAGCUUUGAACAGCUCUGCAUCAACUUCACCAACGAGAAGCUGCAGCAGUUCUUCAACCACCACAUGUUCGUGCUGGAGCAGGAGGAGUACAAGAAGGAGGGCAUCGAGUGGGAGUUCAUCGACUUCGGCAUGGACCUGCAGGCCUGCAUCGACCUCAUCGAGAAGCCCAUGGGCAUCAUGUCCAUCCUGGAGGAGGAGUGCAUGUUUCCCAAGGCCACCGACAUGACCUUUAAGGCCAAGCUGUAUGACAACCACCUGGGCAAGUCCAACAACUUCCAGAAGCCACGCAAUAUCAAGGGGAGGCAGGAAGCCCACUUCUCCCUGAUCCACUAUGCUGGCACUGUGGACUACAACAUCCUGGGCUGGCUGGAGAAGAAUAAAGACCCACUCAAUGAGACGGUGGUGGGCUUGUACCAGAAAUCCUCUCUGAGGCUCAUGGCCACACUCUUUUCCUCUUAUGCUAGUGCUGAUGCCGCGGAUAGCAGUAAAGGCAAAGGAGGCAAGAAAAAGGGUUCAUCCUUUCAGACGGUGUCAGCCCUCCACCGGGAGAACCUGAACAAGCUGAUGACCAACCUGAGGACCACCCACCCUCACUUUGUGCGCUGCAUCAUCCCCAAUGAACGGAAGGCUCCUGGGGUGAUGGACAACCCCCUGGUUAUGCACCAGCUGCGCUGCAAUGGCGUGCUAGAGGGCAUCCGCAUCUGCAGGAAGGGCUUCCCCAACCGCAUCCUCUAUGGGGACUUCCGGCAGAGAUACCGCAUCCUGAACCCAGCGGCCAUCCCCGAGGGACAGUUUAUUGACAGCAGGAAAGGGACAGAGAAGCUGCUGGGCUCCCUGGACAUCGAUCACAACCAGUAUAAGUUUGGCCAUACCAAGGUGUUCUUCAAGGCGGGGCUGCUGGGGUUGCUGGAGGACAUGCGGGACGAAAGGCUGAGCCGCAUCAUCACCCGCAUCCAGGCCCAAGCCCGGGGACAGCUCAUGCGCAUUGAGUUCAAAAAGAUCGUGGAGCGCAGGGACGCCCUGCUGGUAAUCCAGUGGAACAUCCGGGCCUUCAUGGCAGUUAAGAACUGGCCCUGGAUGAAGCUCUACUUCAAGAUCAAGCCACUGCUGAAGAGUGCAGAGACAGAGAAGGAGAUGGCCAACAUGAAAGAGGAGUUUGGGCGCAUCAAAGAGGCGCUGGAGAAGUCUGAGGCUCGCCGCAAGGAGCUGGAGGAGAAGAUGGUAUCCCUGCUGCAGGAGAAGAAUGACCUGCAGCUCCAAGUGCAGGCGGAACAAGACAACCUUAACGAUGCGGAGGAGCGCUGCGACCAGCUGAUCAAAAACAAGAUCCAGCUGGAGGCCAAGGUGAAGGAGAUGACCGAGAGGCUGGAGGACGAGGAGGAGAUGAACGCUGAGCUCACUGCCAAGAAGCGCAAGCUGGAGGAUGAGUGCUCCGAGCUCAAGAAAGAUAUUGACGACCUGGAGCUGACGCUGGCCAAGGUGGAGAAGGAGAAGCAUGCAACAGAGAACAAGGUGAAGAACCUGACAGAGGAGAUGGCUGGGCUGGAUGAGAUCAUCGCCAAGCUGACCAAGGAGAAGAAAGCUCUGCAAGAGGCUCACCAGCAGGCCCUGGAUGACCUUCAGGCCGAGGAGGACAAGGUCAACACCCUGACCAAGUCUAAGGUCAAGCUGGAGCAGCAGGUGGAUGACCUUGAGGGAUCCCUGGAGCAGGAGAAGAAGGUGCGCAUGGACCUGGAACGAGCAAAGCGGAAGUUGGAGGGUGACCUGAAGCUGACCCAGGAGAGCAUCAUGGACCUGGAGAAUGAUAAACUACAGCUGGAAGAAAAGCUCAAGAAAAAGGAAUUUGACAUUAACCAGCAGAACAGUAAGAUUGAGGAUGAGCAGGCACUGGCCCUUCAGCUGCAGAAGAAACUGAAGGAAAACCAGGCACGCAUUGAGGAGCUGGAGGAGGAGCUGGAGGCCGAGAGGACGGCCAGGGCCAAGGUGGAGAAGCUGCGCUCCGACCUGUCCCGGGAGCUGGAGGAGAUCAGCGAGCGGCUGGAAGAGGCCGGCGGGGCCACGUCCGUGCAGAUCGAGAUGAACAAGAAGCGCGAGGCCGAGUUCCAGAAGAUGCGGCGAGACCUGGAGGAGGCCACGCUGCAGCAUGAGGCCACGGCUGCUGCCCUGCGCAAGAAGCACGCAGACAGCGUGGCCGAGCUCGGUGAACAGAUCGACAACCUGCAGCGGGUGAAGCAGAAGCUGGAGAAGGAGAAGAGUGAGUUCAAGCUGGAGCUGGACGAUGUCACAUCCAACAUGGAGCAGAUCAUCAAGGCCAAGGCAAAUUUGGAGAAGUUGUCCCGGACGCUGGAGGACCAGGCCAAUGAGUACCGCAUGAAGCUGGAAGAGGCCCAACGCUCCCUCAAUGAUUUCACCACCCAGAGAGCCAAGCUGCAGACAGAGAAUGGAGAGCUGUCCAGGCAGCUAGAGGAAAAGGAGGCUCUGAUCUCCCAGCUGACCCGAGGAAAGCUCUCCUACACCCAGCAAAUGGAGGACUUAAAAAGGCAGCUGGAGGAAGAAGGCAAGGCGAAGAACGCCCUGGCACAUGCUCUACACUCAGCCCGGCACGACUGUGACCUGCUGCGGGAGCAGUAUGAGGAGGAGAUGGAAGCCAAGGCCGAGCUGCAGCGCGUGCUGUCCAAGGCCAACUCAGAGGUGGCCCAGUGGAGGACGAAGUAUGAGACAGAUGCCAUCCAGCGGACCGAGGAGCUCGAGGAGGCCAAGAAGAAGCUGGCCCAGAGGCUGCAAGACGCCGAGGAGGCUGUAGAGGCUGUCAAUGCCAAGUGCUCGUCACUGGAGAAGACCAAGCACCGGCUGCAGAAUGAGAUCGAGGAUCUCAUGGUGGACGUGGAGCGCUCCAAUGCCGCCGCUGCAGCCCUGGACAAGAAGCAGAGGAACUUCGACAAGAUCCUGGCCGAGUGGAAGCAGAAGUACGAGGAGUCACAGUCAGAGCUGGAGUCCUCACAGAAGGAGGCGCGCUCCCUCAGCACGGAGCUCUUCAAGCUCAAGAACGCCUACGAGGAGUCCCUGGAGCACCUGGAGACCUUCAAGCGGGAGAACAAGAACCUUCAGGAGGAGAUCUCAGACCUGACUGAGCAGCUGGGAGAAGGAGGAAAGAAUGUGCAUGAGCUGGAGAAGAUCCGCAAGCAGCUGGAGGUGGAGAAGCUGGAGCUGCAGUCGGCCCUGGAGGAGGCUGAGGCCUCCCUGGAGCAUGAGGAGGGCAAGAUCCUCCGGGCCCAGCUGGAGUUCAACCAGAUCAAGGCAGAGAUUGAGCGGAAGCUGACCGAGAAGGACGAGGAGAUGGAACAGGCCAAACGCAACCACUUACGUGUGGUGGACUCGAUGCAGACCUCCCUGGACGCGGAGACGCGCAGCCGCAACGAGGCCCUGCGGGUGAAGAAGAAGAUGGAGGGUGACCUUAAUGAGAUGGAGAUCCAGCUCAGCCAGGCCAACAGGACAGCUUCGGAGGCUCAGAAGCACCUGAAGAUCACUCAAGCCCAUCUGAAGGACACCCAGAUCCAGCUGGAUGACGCAGUCCAUGCCAACGAUGACCUGAAGGAGAACAUUGCUAUUGUGGAACGGCGCAAUACUCUGCUGCAGGCUGAGCUGGAGGAGCUGCGGGCCAUGGUGGAGCAGACAGAACGGUCUCGGAAGCUGGCUGAGCAGGAGUUGAUUGAGACCAGUGAGCGAGUGCAGCUGCUGCACUCCCAGAACACCAGCCUCAUCAACCAGAAGAAGAAGAUGGAGUCAGAUCUGACCCAGCUCCAGUCAGAAGUGGAGGAAGCAGUACAGGAGUGCAGGAAUGCUGAGGAGAAGGCCAAGAAGGCCAUCACAGAUGCCGCUAUGAUGGCGGAGGAGCUGAAGAAGGAGCAGGACACGAGUGCCCACCUGGAGCGCAUGAAGAAGAACAUGGAGCAAACCAUCAAGGACCUGCAGCACCGACUGGAUGAGGCCGAGCAGAUCGCUCUCAAGGGCGGCAAGAAGCAGCUGCAGAAACUGGAGGCCCGGGUUCGAGAGCUGGAGAACGAGCUGGAGGCUGAGCAGAAACACAAUGUUGAGUCAGUCAAGGGCAUGAGAAAGAGUGAGCGUCGCAUCAAGGAGCUCACCUACCAGACGGAGGAGGACAAGAAGAACCUGCUUCGGCUACAAGAUCUGGUGGACAAGCUGCAGCUAAAGGUCAAGGCCUACAAGCGCCAGGCUGAAGAGGCGGAGGAACAGGCCAACACCAACCUGUCCAAGUUCCGCAAAGCACAGCACGAGCUGGAUGAGGCAGAGGAGCGGGCAGACAUCGCCGAGUCCCAGGUCAACAAGCUGCGGGCCAAGAGCCGUGACAUCAGCGCCAAGCAAAAAAUGCACGAUGAGGAGUGAAGCCGUCUCAGGAAUCUCGUCCUGGCUAACCUAUAAUAAACAUGAGUGUGGACUCUGCC